GUGUCUCUCUGUAACACCCACCCAUGACCUGUGGCAGGGGCCUGGCCCCGGGUCUGCCCUGCCAAGUGGCAAGUGCUGACUACUAGGGAAACCUGCCUCCUCCCCAUCCCACAGGGGUGCCAGCUGUGGGGACCUAAGGGGUGACAGCCCCAGGUGGGAAAAGAUGCGGCUGACGCCUCGGUGUCUAGUGUCUGCCCUGUGCCUGGUGUCCUGCAAAGAGUCCCUAGGGUGUGACUAACUGAGACACGUUGCAGGAAAAAAUAAGCCAAAUCCCAUCCAGCGCCAUCGCACGGAGGGUCUGGUACAGAAGAUGAAAAGGUUAAUUUUAAGGAUGUUAAAAAGCAGACUUCCUGCUUCCUAAUGUCAGGAGAAAGUGAUUGUACCCGAACAAGCCCAUCCGUGGGGUCUCCAUCAGAUAAUGAAUUCCUGCCAGAUCAGCCAAAGUAUGUGUGCUCACUAUCUCCUGACCUUAUUGCAAAGGCUCGUGAAGAACUGCAGGAAAAACCUGAAUGGAGGCUUCGUGAUGUGCAAGCCCUCCGAGACAUGGUGUGUAAGGAUUACCCUACCCUGGGCACAUGUCUGGAUGAUGCUUUUUUGCUAAGGUUCCUUAGAGCCAGGAAAUUUGAUUAUGACCGAGCGCUUCAGCUUCUGGUGAACUAUCACAGCUGCAGGAGGAGCUGGCCUGAGGUCUUCAAUAACUUGAAACCAUCUGCAGUUAAGGCUGUCUUAGAAUCUGGCUUUGUCACUGUAUUGCCUCACUUGGACACUGAGGGACGCCACAUUGUCUGCAUUCGUCCAGACAGGUGGACACCAAGUAAUUAUCCAAUUACUGAGAACAUUCGUGCCAUAUACUUAACAUUAGAAAAACUCAUUCAGUCUGAAGAGACACAGGUGAAUGGAAUUGUAAUCCUUGCAGACUACAAAGGAGUCAGCUUAUCUAAGGCAUCUCAUUUUGGUCCUUUUGUAGCCAAAAAAGUGAUUGGAAUUCUUCAGGAUGGUUUUCCAGUUAGAAUAAAGGCUGUCAAUAUUAUAAAUGAGCCUCGCAUAUUCAAAGGAAUUUUUGCCAUCAUCAAGCCUUUCCUGAAGGAAAAGAUAGCAAACCGGUUUUUUCUUCAUGGCUCUGAUUUGAAUUCUCUACAUCAAAACCUUCCACAGAGGAUCCUUCCUGAAGAAUAUGGUGGCACAUCAGGGAAACUGGAUAUCACUUUCUGGAACGAGUUGUUGCUUGCCUCCGAAGAGGAUUUUCUACAUGACUUUUCUCAGCUUGUUCUCCCAGGUGACAACUUACCCUCUGAAGCUCUAGUAAGUGGGGAUGCUGAGGAGAAGCAGAGUGAAGAGCCACUGCGAGGCAUGAAACCUCAACUCUACUACUGUUAUUAACAAAAGUUAAAGGAAGCUUCCUUGCAGUCAAUCUAGAUGCCCUCUCCUGUUCUGAAAGGAAUAAUACAAUGGGAUUACGAACUCUUCCUUACUCCUAAACCUCCAGUUUGUGAGUAAUAGACUGCUGAGGUGUUUUACGCUAUGGAACCAAAACAAGUUAAAGGCAGAGUUUUCUUUGGAAUCUAGACAGGAUGUACAAUUCCCAAGAGCCCUCAAGUGUUAAGGAUUGUUAAUCUCCGUGUGAGAUACAGUCUAGCAAAUUCCUCUUAAUAGUAGUGAGAGGAAAAUAUCUCAUAAGAGUGAGUCUGACAGUGUCUUUGUCCAGGUAAGUGACAGAAAAGACGUUAGCAACCACAGCAAAAUAGCAUCAGCACUGCACCCUGCAAAGUGAUGCUGUCAGUGGAGAGUGUCAAAUGUAUAAUUCACAGUCCUGGACCUAAUACUUGGUCUUGUCUGUAUACUAGCAUGUUCCAGAAUUAUUGGAAUGAGUACUGAAGAUUCUCCCUGAUAUUUUGCACUCUGCAUGUGUGGAAUUCCUAACAGAUUUGCCCUUUGGAUUUGAAAGGAGAAAAUUACCAUAAUUUUGUAAACAUUGUGACUAGUUAUUCCAGACUCUAGUGUAUAUUCAAAUACAAAUUCCACUUCCAGAAAACUGAGGCUUUCAGAUCAUGUGUUGCUUAGCUUUUUUCCAAUGAAAUGCAACUUUGAGUAUCAGCAGCAGUCUAGGACUAGCUGAGAAGAAGUGAGGUCAUUCACUCACAUUCAACAUGUCCCAGAUAUAAUCAGUUGUUCUUUCCUUCAGCUGAUCACUUUGAUGCCCUGCCUUACUUUUCAACCUCCCUAAGUAAUUUAAAUAGAAUUUAUGUGGAAAGAUUUUGUAGCAGGUAGCAUCUAUUGAAGGCAAUAUUAAGUAAGGGUAUGUCUACACUACCCUCCUAAUUCGAACUAGGAGGGUAAUGUAGGCA